GGCCGGGGCUGAGCGGCUCAGUGUAGAUCCUGCAGUCUGAGGAGGAACUUUCUCUGCUGGAUGGAGCUUCAGGAGAUGACUGCUGCCAGCUUAUGAGGCGAAGGAAGACUUGUGGAAGACUUGUGGAAGGUAGUAGAAGACUGCAGAACUUCACAAAGUCGUAUUGAAUCCCUUGAACAUUAGCUGAAACAGCUUUUCCCAACUUUGUCUCAGAAUGGGACUCUUCAAGUUUCUACUUUUGCUUUCUAUAAGCAGCUGCCUCUGCCAGAAGGACUGCACUGGAGUGGAUUGCCCUGAUCUUAAGAACUGCAUUGAUGAAGUUCUAGAAAACGGCGCCUGUUGUGCCACUUGCAUGCAAACUGGCUGCAUGUGCGAAGGCUACCAGUACUACGACUGUGUGAACGCCGGCUUCAGAAAAGGAAAAGUACCAGAAGGAGAGUCUUACUUUGUGGAUUUUGGAAGUACAGAAUGCUCUUGCCCAAAAGGCGGCGGACGGAUCAGUUGCCAUUUCAUCCCUUGUCCAGAACUUCCGGCCAAUUGCAUCGACGUUUCAGAGCCUGCGGACGGGUGUAGUCAAUGCGAACGGAUCGGUUGCGUCUACGAAGAGCAGAAGUACGAAGCUGGCCAUUCUUUCCACAUGGACCCUUGCCAGGUCUGCCAUUGCCCCAACGAUGGCGGAAAUUUAAUGUGCUACCCGAUCCCAGAUUGCGACCGGAGGAAGGUUCACAAGCCAAUGCUGGCGACUACAACUGAGGAGAACCUUCCGCGGAGGCGCCACAAUGAACCCAUCCGGAAUAUCUUCAACGCUCAUGGCUCGAGAGCUUCGUUCUCCAAACCUUUCCCAGUGUCUCACAGAGACAACCUGCCUCCUUUUAAACUGAACCCUCGCCCAAGCCAAAUCGAACGAGUAGAAGAAAAAGCAAAAGCAGAAAAAGUUGCAGAAGACGUGGAAGACAUAGAGGAAGAAGACUAUGACUACCCUACUACUACUUCUUCAGACUCCUUGGAGCCUUCUUUAGAGCCUGACCUUGCCUCUUCUACUACAGACCCAACCAUUAUCUCAGGUUCUUAUCCUGAGAAUGUUACAGCCCAUCAAACCAUCCAUAGAGGCGCCAAGCAGGAGCUCAAGGAGAGAUUAGGCUUUCAUGAAGCGACUACUGAGAGACCAUGGUUUCCUUUACACAAGAACGAUAGGACAGAGAAAGAAGAGGCAAGAAAGAGAACUUCUCACAAAAAAGACAUUUCAAACUCUCACCCUGAGAUCGAUACCUUAAAGAUUUCCAAAGAUGACUCUUUGGAAGGAGGCAAGUUGAAAUUCCCUGAAGAAAGUCCAAACGAAGAGAACUUUCCCAUCUACAGAGAACCCACGUACGAAGAACAGUUUUCUAUUGACAGGGAAAGAAGCUCAGAAAGGCAAAGUUUUGGUCUUUACAAAGACAACGUCAGCGAGGAGACUACGCCACUUGAGGAAGGCAAUCUUGAUAGCGAAGGACAGCUUGUCGCUCCUACAGAACCAACGGUUGGUGAGAUGUUUGACCUCUACGAGGAUACAACUUACAGUGAAGCAAUAACCGAUUCAACAACGGUUGAGGAAACCACUACAUUAUCACCUCAACUUCUAGAAAAAGAGGUACAACCAGAGAUCACGACAACAUCGCAACCUCUUAUCAGCACUAGCACUCUUCAAAGUCAACCAACCACACCAGAAGAUUGGGAGAUUUACACCAGAGAGAUUGAAGAAGACGCUCUAUCAAAAGAAGAGGUCAAAAAUGAGGAAAAUUUCCUGAUCAUAAGUAAUGUGACAGAUGUUGGUAAAGAUAGUAAACCAGAUGAAAACAGUAUCCUAAACUCAUUCAGAGACAUUCAGAAGAGCAUCUCAGCAUCUCCAGUGACAACUUCAGGAAUUGUUUCAGAACAGGACAGAGCAGAACCUGAGAUCACUACGGUUCCAUUCGAGAGAUUGAGCCCCACCAGCUCACCGUCCUUGAAAGCAAAGGUGGACAAAGAUGGACAAUCAGAAGUCAAACAGUCGCAAAGCCUGUUUGAUAACGUUGAUUUAAGGGAGGAAGCUGGAGAGGAAGAGAGAGAAGAAAGAGAAAACACUCUCAGUUCCUUCCCAAAGGGUGAGUAA